AUGGAUCUUGAUUGCAUUGAAAAGCAACGCAAGGAGGCUUCUUUAGAUAUCAAGAACAGUCCCAAGGAGUCUGUGAUAUCUGCUUCUAAGCUUGGAAAGAAGAAGGCAACUAAAGAUGUUUUGAACAAAUGCACAUCACAAAUUAGAAAGCCUUCACGAUGCAAAAGUUCACCCCUUAACUGGUUCCCGCGCAAAAAGGGGGACUCCUAUUUGGCGAGGAAAAUAAAAUUGCUACAGGAAGUAGAUGGAAUGAAUUUGACUCUUGAUGAGACUCUAGGUGAUUCAAAUCCACAUUACUCGAGAGUUCUAAGAGAAAAAAUUGCAAUAAGAGAGGCUGCAGAGAAGGCUGUACAAGCUCAAAAGGCUGCAAUGGUGGAAGCAUCUUGGUGUCGCAUACUUCGUGCCGCCAGCAUUGAAAGUAAAGAAGCAGAUACUCAGUUGUCAAAAGCCGAAAAAUGUGCAGCUGAGGCAUUUGAAGCUGCGACAACGGUUGGGGUAAUCAUGAAUGACAUACCAGAUUGUGCAAAGCGUUACGGGAUAGAAACAACAUCUUCUAAAGGAAGAGGAUCUACCACGCAUUCUGUUACAGCAACUUUUGAAACUGCAUUCGAGGUGGAUAAACAAGUAGCUGCCGCAGUUAAAGCAGCAUUUGUUAAGCUAGCAAAUUUCCCUUCGGUCAACAAAGAUGAAUUUACUGACUUGCUGACCAAAAUCAGUCAGAAUCCUGAUGUAGAUGAAUAUUGUCAAGAGUUUGCAGAGUUCACUUCAGAAUUUAAAUCCAUACCUGGAUCAGAGCUGGAAGGAAUGUGCAAGGAGAAAUGCGGUUCUGAACGGAGGAAGAACAAGAAUAGACAAGUGGGUGACAAAUUUAAUAGAGCUAGUCUUGUCGAGAUGAUGCUGGAAAGGCUUAGAUUGUUGGAAGAAAAGGAACUUGCUUCUCUUGCCACUAUAGUGGCAACUUGUGGGCUAAAUGCUGCUUUAGCUGAAGCAGAAAACACCAAACAAGGUACUUUACAGGAUAAUAGGAAGUCGUCUGUCGAGCAAAGCAAAAUGUCCUCCAAUGGAAGGACCACGAGGAACUCCAAUGUAUAUGGGCAGACGAAGAGCACUGAAGAUGAACUGCCGAGCCUAGACAAGUUCCUGGUGAAGCGCUUGACGAGACUCGAAAGAGAGGUAUUGGAAGCCAAAAAUGCCCGAAGAAAUGAAGCAACCAAAGGAAGUAAUCCAAAGCUAGAUAAAUCUGAAGAUGAGAAGCUUUCUUCAGAAAAUGAGAAAGACAUUGACAAGGCAACUGUAAAUAAUGAUGAACUAACCAAAAUGAAUGGCGAGAACUCGGAAAAGAUGAUUACAGUACCAAUUAACUGUGGAAAACAAGACUUUUCAGAAGUUCCUAGUCUAGAUAAGGUUUUGGUGAAACAUUUGUCAAGACUUGAAAGGGUGGUCCAGGAAGCAAGGAGCAGAAAAAAUAGUCAUGGAAGAGGUUUAAUAGACAAAGAAAACAUGGACCUGAACAAAAUUGGGGAUAAAAAUGUAGACCCAAAUUUGUUGGUUGAAGAAACGUUAUCAAAGGCAGGAGUAUCAUCAUUUCAAGAUGAAAAGGAUGGAAGUAAAGAGGCAGAAAAUAACCUUGAUAAGAUUGUUGUCGAACCAGAUCAUUUGUUGCAAAGGACAAAAAAGGAAAGACCAUCAUUGAGAAGUAACUUUGGAGUUUUGAGGCACCAAAGAGAAUAUGGAGGAAAUGGAUCCACAAAUUAUGAAAGUCUAGAUAAUGUUUUAGUGAAGCAUGAAUCGAGGCUGGAAAGAGAGAAGACGAGACUUCAUACAGAAGAAGAUACUAGGAUGAAAUUGAAGAGAAAGGGCACAGAUAGGGAAUCAGAGAGCAAUGUAAGCAGUUUGGAUCAAGUUCUAGUUAAGCGCAAGUCCAGACUCGAAAGGGAGAAAAUGACCAUUGCUGAGGUGCAAGACGAUCAUAUUAAACAUCCAGUUUCUCGUCGAGAGGCUAGGGAGAGAGAGUUGCGGGAAGCAUGGGGAGGCUUGAGCUUGGGAAACUCAAUACGGCCCCAUGUCUCUAGGCUUGAAAGAGACAAGGCUGCGUGGAUUAAAGCUGAUGAAGAGGAAAGGAGGAGCGCAUUAAAGGAACAAAUGUAA